UCUAAAUAGAGAAAAGCUUAAAAUAUUAAUACAUUACAGGUUUAUUGUGAUAUUGGAAUGCAUCGCAUAGGUUCACAAUGAAGCUAUUUCUCAGAAUAUUAGCCUUGCCUUUAUACGUCUGGGUUAUAGAAACUAGGAUAAGCACCGCAGGCACAUGGUGGGAUCGAUCGAAAGAAGGCCCGACUUGUUCUGAACCGGAAACAUGUGGUGAAGGUGAUACUACCUGUGAAUGUUUUCUCACUAUCGAACAUCGUCUUACCAUGGUGACUUCACCAGAUCCUGUUCAUGUUUGGCCAAAAAAUGGAAGUCUUUACCGUUUUGAUGACAAAAAUGGGAAAUCUCCUUUGCAUAAAAACACUUUUAAAAAUACAGUUACAGCAGACGGUGUAGGAUCACGAAUGGUAAUAACAGUUAACGGUCUAUUCCCUGGUCCAUCUAUCGUAGCUUUUGAAGGUCAAGAUAUGAUAAUACAUGUCCAAAAUCUUAUGCAUACAGAGUCAACAUCAAUACAUUGGCAUGGUAUCAAGCAAACUAACACUUUCUACGCAGAUGGAGUUGCCUUUAUCACUCAAUGUCCGAUCCUUCCAGGUCAAAACUUUACAUAUAAAUUCAAAGCAGCUCCAUUGGGAACUCAUUUCUAUCAUGCUCAAAUAUGCAAUCAACGAAGCAUGGGACUUUACGGUGCUCUGAUUAUUAAACCAAAAAAAAAUGUUUUACCGAUUCUUUAUGAAACAUUUACCGUUUUGUUGCAAGACUGGAAUCAUAAUGAUGAUCCUGAGACGUCUUAUUUACGAAUGGUGGAUGGAGUUUAUGAUUUAAAUGCCAUUAAAAAUAUACAUUAA